AUGGCCCACUUUCAAGACCUUCCUGCGUGGGUAAACUUUCCAGAUACAGAAAGAGUUGAAUGGAUCAAUAAGGUUAUACUCCAGUUAUGGCCUUACGUUGGUGAGUAUGCCAAAAAAUUCUUGCAUGAAUUCAUUGUUCCGCAAAUGAGGGCGCAGUUGCCAUCUUUCCUGAAGUCGUUCAGAUUUACUCAAGUGGAUAUGGGUGAUAUACCUUGCCGUGUCGGCGGCAUCAAAGUUUACACUCAUAAUGUUGGGCGCGACCGAAUAAUUAUGGAUAUGGAUGUAGCUUAUGCUGGAGACUGUGAGUUUACUGUUGGCAUUGCGGGGGUCACUGGAGGAAUGAAUCAGCUACAGUUUUCUGGCAAACUACGAACCAUUUUAAAACCCUUAUUGCCUUAUCCUCCGAUGAUUGGAGGUAUUUGCUCAUAUUUUCUCGAACCACCGAAUUUUGAUUUUAAUUUGACUGGUAUCGGCGAAAUGAUUGAACUUCCUGCUUUAAUGGAUGCUCUUCGCUCCGUCAUAAAUUCCCAGGCAAGGCCGAAUGCGUUCUCUACUUUAUAA